AUGACAACGCCAGACCGGGUCGUGUAUCCGGGUGAAUCACCUUCCGAAUCAUCUUCCAGAGCACCCAGGGUAAAUCAACUAGAUUCGGAAGAAUUGGAUUCUGCUUUAGUCGGAAUGAUAAGUGAUAAGUUAUCCAGAUCAUUAGAUAAUUUCAAGUCGUCUUUCUCAAAUGGUUUUAAACCGGAAUUAGAGCUCCUAAUCAAGUUAAUCAUAUUUAGAUAUGGAAUUUGGAAUUAUAAAAUAAACGCAUCUCCAGGAUCUAAAUUACAGAAUCUAAAACUGAUUUCUUCGAGAUCAUCAAGAACGAAUCAUCCAACAAAACGUAUACUACUUUUAUACUUAUUACUCCAUCCACCUAUAUUCCCAAAUUAUGUAUUAACGAGAAUAAGAGAACAUGCAUUAUCGAAUCGAUGGCCCGAUUUACCAAAUCAUGAUUUCAGACAAAAGGUUUGGAAGGUCAUAGGUAAAUUGGAAAAUACGAGUAGGAUUUGGGAAUUAUUAGGUUGGAUUGGGUUCUUAUUUGAUGGAAAAUACCCUUCACUUCUUAUGAGGAUAUUGAAACUUCGUCUCGUACCUUCACAACCUCAUUUAACGAGAUUGGUAUCUUAUGAGUUUAUGAAUAGACAAUUGGUCUGGGGAGCUUUCACUGAAUUCUUGAUGUUUUCGAUACCUCUCCUACCACCUCUACCACCUUCUUUAAACCCUACAACCCAUAUAACCCAUUUCAAAUCCUUGCUUUCUCCGCCUCCCAGAAUAGAUUACGCCAACAUAUCCUCAACCACGAAUGCAAAUUCACUUGGACUGGAACCCGAAAAACACACAGGAUUAUACGCGAAUUUACCUAAAUCAAUCUGUCCAAUAUGUUACAAGAAAAACUCAUCUGCACCUGUACCAUUAUCAUCCACCGGUCAAGGAUCUAAUCUUACUCUGCCACCUAUACAAGGUGCUAAUCUAGAUGACUUCGGACAUGAACACAAUAAAGAAGAUAGAGAGGGAGAAGAGGAAAAUAGGAUUUUUAUACCUGCUCAAACGGAUUGUAAAGGUGAAUGUAAAUGGUGUUAUUAUUGUAUAGGAGAAGAAUUGUAUAAACAUCAAGAGGCGAAAACUUCCGAUACGAGGAGAAAGAAGGAUAAGAAGAAACCCAUAACCAUCAAUGGCAAGGGCAUAGAAAAAAAGGACGAAAAGGAAGAUCAAGAAGAUGAGAUUGAAAAAAUGGAGUGUUUGAGAUGUGGUGAUGGUAUCACUCGAGCGUGGAGAGUAGGCUCGGAGGGCAAUUGA